GGCUCAAAGAAUUAAAUCACUGUGAAUUCCUCUACUUUUCCCUGAAAUUUAACUUUUCUGUAGAUAUUUUCAUAAAUUGACUUCACAAGCGCAGGAAGUGUAGCUGUCUACGGAUCAAUAGAUUUAUGUUAGUCCUUCAAGUUAAAAGCGCAGUUUUACAAUUUCUUUGUUGAUUUCUUCAUAAUUUUGCUGCUGUUUGCCUUUAAGCUAUACCAAAGGAACUGUAUUUUCAACUUCAGAUUCAAUUUACGUAUCUGAAUUAUCGGACCGUAAAAAAGCUCUCAUAAAGUUUAAACACAAUUUAGAAACUGAUCAUAAUUCAAAGAAAAUGCAAUGCACCCGGUCUCAAUAAAGCCAGCUUGCGGCAAAAUUGUUUUACAGUUAAAGCAUUUCCUUUUGAGCAAUAUCUUGGCUUAGAAGGCCUUGAAAUAAACUUAAUUGAAAUCUAAAAUCAGAUUUCCGCAGAGCUCAUUAUUGAAUUUAUCUGAAGUUUCUAGUUAUAAGAAUUCGUGAGAAAAGUCCAUACUAUGAAAAUUUAUAUUCAAAAUAUUGACAAAAUUUCUUCAAAAGAUUGGAAAAUACCUGAGAUCAACCAAACAUAAACAAUCUGAAAGAUGAAAAAAUACAUUUUAAACUAUUCAAAAAACCAUUUACAUGGACAAUUGAAUGAAAGUAGUCCAGUUUGAAGAAUUUUUGAUAGUUGGUUAACUUUUCUACCAAAAAAUUAGAAAAAUGGCGAGCGAGAGCGACACAGACGAUGCUGUGUUACCCGAACGACGCCGAUCUCGUGUCGUGUGGAAGGUAGACUUACCCUCUCUUUUAAACCUCAUUUUUGCAUACAAACGAGGCGCUUCGGUGACAUUCGACGAAGUGAAAACCGCUCUCGUCGAAUGCAUCACAAACGAACCGAAACCUAUUUCGAAAGCCGUGCGAAAUGUAACCGAACGGAAUUUAAUUUAUGCUCUCAUAACCGAAUUCCCGAAAAUGCGUUUCAAGCCGAAGGAAAAAAUCAUUCGUAAUUUGGAAAUUUUGUCAAAACGUAAGAAGUCAAGCGAAGUCGGUAUUAGAAGGAACUUCUACGAGACGACAGACACAGCCGAGAAGCGAAGGUCGCGGCAUCUAUCAUUUCAGGAAAACGACUUAGGGGUCAUAUCUCAAGGUCAGCUGUUGAGCCCUUUUUCGGACAACGCCUCAACGGCUGGUUCAGAUUGCACAGAAGCAGCAUUUAGCAGAAAUUUAGACGUAGCCGAGCUUUUUGGCGAGGGCAAAAUUGAUAGCUGGUUUUCGGACGUACCGACAGAUCUCGACUAUGUUAAUUCGUGGCUAAGUCUUUCAAAUACACCCGCUCCUAGCACAAUUCCUGAUAACACUUCUGAGCCAAUAGGAAUUGCGACUGAAAAUACCAUUAGCAUAAAAGCAGAUAGAUCUGCGAACACAGGCUUGAAUUUAGACAGUUUAAAACUGCCAAAUUCUACAAAGCACAAUUUAAAAGCAAUUGAAGAACCACUGCACAAUUUACAACCACGUUUCAAAGCUCCCGAAACUCCAGAUAUUGUAAUAACUGACGAUUCGAUCGAUCAAACUUCAGAAGCUCAGCUUCAAAGUUCAGCUCCAAGAAUGAGAAAGCAAGGAUUGUAUUCCAACGUGAACAAAAUUGAAGAGCAAAAAAAUAUUCUGAAUGAAAAUGAAAAACAAAAUGGUCUCAUUGGAAACAAAAAAGCUUCGAGUUCUAAAGAUGAAAGCUCGAAUUGCGAAUCAAAUGAUACCAAAAAAGAAGAAAAAACCCAUAAACUUGGAGAAACAGACCCUGACAAUAAAACUGAAUCCAAAAAUGCGUCUAAAUUUCCCUCAAAAAGUAGUAAAAUUUCAGAUAGAUUUGGAGCUUUUUCCAAAAAACUUGAAGAAACUAAAGCUGAAAAUGAUCAAAAGCCGUUGAAGACAUUAAAAAAAACUUCAAUUGCAAAUUCAUCAAUAGCCGAUAAGAUCACGAAAGAAGCUCAAAAUAACAGAAACGAAGCGGAAAAAACGGAAACGAAGUCGGAAAAAACGACAGAAACAUCCAGUCAGAACAAGAACAUUACAGCCAAAAAUACAAAAGAAUCGGAAGUUACCAGCGCGCCGAAUAAUAACGCGGCUCAAGAUGACUCGGUCAAAAACCAAAUUAAAAUGAACCAGCUUUCAUCAAAAGAAAAUGCAGAAAAGAAUAAAAUAAAUACAACAGAAGCUGGGCGAGGAAUUGUAGGUACGAAUAAAAACACUUCAGACGACAAAAGUUCAACUGGAGUUAACAAAAAGAUAGAAUCAGUUUUGAAAAAAGAAAAGGAAAAAUCAUCUGAAGACAAAAAGUUAGAAAAACCAUCUCAAAAAUUAACAAAAACUGAUGAAAAAUUAGGCGUGAACCAAAAUUAUGUUACCAUGGGUAAUUCGGGAAGUACUGCAAGUAAAGCUGAAAAAAUUGGCGAAAAGUUGGAAACAAAUUCAUCUGAUCAAGAGAAUGUAAUUGGGAUGAAAAUGAACCAAGUACAGACGAACGUUUCCCAGGCCGAAAACAGUGUCGAAUCUGCUUCAGAGAUUUUGGACACGAGAGCUCAAAGACGCAAAGAACGUGAGCUGAAGGACGCUCAGCGGCGAGCAGAAAAAGAAAAGCAAACUUCCGGCAAACAUCCUGAAAAUGAAAAUGCAUCUAGUCAAGCUCCAAAUUCAGCAACCCGUAAUGAAGAUUCAAAAAGCAGUUCUAAUAAAAAAGAAUCAGAAAAAGAGAUUAGCUCAAGAACGCAAAAGCAUACAGAGGCUAAAAAGCCGAUAGAGAAUCCGCCGAAUGACAGCAAAACCGAAAAACAAAGUAAUUCGACAGCUGAAGUGUUAGAUACAAGAGCACAACGGAGAAACGACCGAGCAAGAAGAGAUGGAAAACAGAAUGAGAAAACAAAUCAAGUGACAGAAAAUGAAACUAAAUCGGAAUCAGCUGCAAAAGAGUCUUCAGAAAGCAAUUCUCUCGUAGACAAGAAAAUCGGAAGCACUCAAGCAAAGUCGAGGGAAAAUGAUUCAAAUGACAAAAAAAUUGAAACGAAAAAAGCGUCAGCAAAUGGUUUAGAUCCCAAAGCACAGAGACAGAACAACCGAACUCAAAGAGAUGAAAGAGGCGACAAAAAACGAGAAGAGAAAGAAAAAGACGCAAGCGAAGACAAAACCGUUGAUAAAAGUUCUUCGCUUAAUAUGCGUCCCGAGAAAGCUGUGAAAUCAGAAACUGAACCGCCAACGGAUGACAAAAACUCAGCCAGUGAGAAUCAAGAAAAAGAAGAAAGUGCUCCACGGAAAGCAGCGCGAGAACGGUUCGAGAGAAACAGAACCGAGAAGCAAAAAGCGAGGGAUCAAAAACUGGCGACUGAGCCGAAAUCACAGAAUGGCGACACGGAUAAAGACGGAAAAAAUGUUUUGAACGAAAAGUCAGAUGACCCGGAAACAGUCAAAAAGAAGGAGCGCGAAAAAGAGUUGAGACAAAAACGACUCGAGGAGGAAGAGGAACACUUUUUAGAGGAGUUACGGAAGAAAAAAACGGCCGAAGAGAAACGAAAGAAAGAAGAGCAACAGAAAAAAGAAUCUCAACGAAUGAUUAUAGUCGGAUUAUUUAUACUUUUACUUUUAGUUACAAUUCUUAUUCAGACCAAUAAAAACCACUGA